AUGCCUUUACGAGCCCAUCGAGAUAACGGACCAGUAAACAUCAAACUGAAAGAUGACAAAAUUAAUCAGGGCAAUUUCAGAGCCGUUCUAGCAUAUAGAGCCAGAGCCGAUGGAAACCUGAAACAAAUGUUACGAGGAGAAGGACAACGUAACAAAUAUAUAAGUCCAGGAAUUCAAAAUGAUAUUGCAGCCUCCGGUAAAGCCAUAAUUGAUGAUAUUGUCUGUAGAAUAAAUAAAGCUAAGGCGUUUUCAAUACUAGCUGACGAAACUGCUGAUAUUUCUAUUUCUAUUGGAGUGAAGUACUAUGACUGUAUAGAAAAAGUUAUUCUUGCAAUUAUUAUAGUGCAACAUUUAUUUUCUUAUGGUCUACCUUUGAGUAAAUCUUUACAAAGUAAAAAUAUAGACGUAAUAGCAGCUCUUCAUCAGGCAUGCAAUCUUACCACGGUAUUGGAAAAGAUGAGAGCUGCUGCUGAUUUAGAAUUUAAAAAACUUUUUCGAAAGGUCCAAAAUCUAGCUAGCGAUCAUGACGUAGAUAUACAGCUACCACGACUGGUAAAUAAACAAUGUCAUGGCGCAAAUCCAAAAGUGAACGAUCUGGAAGAAUACUAUAGAAUAACCGUUUUCAUGUUAUUCUUCGAUUCAUUUUUAAGGACGUUAAUGGAAAGAUUUCAGGCUCAUCGUAAUUUGUUUAGCGGAUUUUCUAGUCUACUGCCCCCUUCUCAUGAGAAACUACAAACAUGGACUGAUGGUCUCGAUAGUCUAAUUACUUAUUAUGAGCAGGACGAUAUGCUGGAAGGAAAAACUGCACUUCAGGCGAAAUUUCAUUUAUGGUAUCAGACCAUCGAGACUGAUUUUGUUAAAAAUAAAAUUUGUUUGCCUUCAAAUUCUGUAGAAGCCUUAACAAGAUGCAAUUGA